AUGGCGGAUCUGUUCUUGAAACAAGCCGAGAUAUACCAGAAGUCUCGACCAAGUUAUCCACGAAAACUGUUCGAUUUCAUCGCCUCCAAAACGGCCAGCCACGACGUCGUUUGGGACGUCGCCACCGGCAGCGGUCAGGCUGCCACUUCCCUUGCAAGCAUAUACGAAAGUGUAAUCGGCACAGAUGCAAGCAAAAAUCAGCUAGAAAAUGCUCCAAAGCUCCCCAAUGUUCGCUACGAAUGCACUUCUCCGAAUAUUUCAAUGUCUGAAUUAGAAGAGAAGAUCGGGACAGAGUCAAGUGUCGAUUUAGUCACAGUAGCUCAAGCGCUCCAUUGGUUUGAUCACGACACUUUCUACAACCGAGUCAAAUGGGUACUAAAGAAACCGAAUGGUGUAAUCGCAGCAUGGUGCUACACUCUUCCUAAAGUUGAUGAUGAAUUCGACUCAGUGGUUAGAAAAUUUUACGCGGUUUCCAAACCUUAUACGGCUUUGGUAGUUGGAUUGCUGGAUGACAAGUAUAGCAACAUCAAGUUUCCCUUUGAUCCAGUUGAUGGAUGUGUUGAUACGGGUCCGUUUGAGUUUGAAAUCAAGCAGGUGAUGAGUUUGGGUGAGUUGUUUACGUACAUUCGGUCAUGGUCGUCGUACCAAACGGCAAAAGAUAAGGGCGUGGAGUUGUUGAGCGAUCGUGUGAUGGAGGAAUUCAGAAAUGCUUGGAAAGAGGACGAGAAUGGCGAAAGGAUCGUCACAUUUCCGGUUUAUUUAAGGAUCGGGAAAGUUGGAGAUGGCAGUCCGGUCAUGCAGCCGCGCUACUCGGAUUGGAUUGCUGAGAGGACGUAG